AUGAACGAAGAUCACGGCCGUGACAUGCGGGCCAGUCACGGCAGCUGCGCGCAACAUCUUCCAGUGCCUCCCGAGCAUACAAGAGCCCCAGAGUUACCUCACUCGCAGGUCGAGGCUUUCGAUGCCAGUUCUGAAUGGUUUAGUCACUUCCCUUUGGACGACUUUCGUCACUACACACUCUCUCAAACCGAUCUCCACGAGCUGGGCUUGGGCAGUAUCCACAGUACUGAGUCUGUUGCCCCGCGUCAUCCGUUGCGGAACCACGAUGUGAUACCACAGUACCCAUCCACCCCACCACUGCCAUAUCCUUCUGCCCCGCCGCAAACAUAUCCUUCCGCUCCGCCGCAUCAGCAUUCAAGCGCAUUGCCGCCUCAGCGCGGUCCUCCAUCACCUGCACGAGGCUUGGAACCUCUUCGGCGCGCACAUCCAGAUGGUGACGACACACCAGCCCCAUCACAAAAGCGUCAACGCCGCGACGAGAAUGCAACCCCGACCGAACGGGUCCCGCCACCCCUGGCCGCACCAGCAGGCACACUGGGGAGCGGGAAGAACACCGGUGCUAAGAGGUCGGUAGCUUCGACAGGCCCUCAACCCGACAACAACACGGAGAGCGGCUCUGGGAGCCGGUGGAGCGAGAAAGAGAGCACCUUCGUGAUCGACAUGGUGCUCGGCCCUGACCCUAUCGCACCUUAUAACGAUAUCAAGAAGUCAGGCAAGAGGUACUUCGAGAAGAUCGCUCUUCAUCCCAAAGCCCCAUGGGGCCCAGGCAAACGCACUUGGAGUGCCGUCAAAAACCAUUACGAGCGUCUUCUCAAGCUCUUUGCCGCUAUUGUCGCGUUCGAGAAUAUGACGGGGCUAGAUGGUGACGUCGACAUCCCCCAGCCCCCGGACUGGGAGACGAUGACGAUCGAGCAGGCUCAAGCCCGCCUCGCGAAGGCCAAGGAGAAGAAGAGCUUCUCUGGCUUGACCGGUGGGAUCUGGUUGCACUGGCACAGGGUUGGGUGGUAUGAUCGCUUCAACGACCAGCUCUCCUCCCAUCCGCAGGUUGUUAAGCAGUCAUCAUUCACCGAGGAUGUCAUGUCAGAUGAAUCGGACGAGUUUCUGAUAGGCGGUGAUGAUGCCGAGAGUGCUAUUCUGAUCACAUAUAUGGCAGAUGAUGACGAGCACGCUCAGUCAGAGCUUGGUGGAACACAGCAGGCUGUGGACUCAGCAAGCUCUCAUUCGGACCCGUUAUCCGGACUCGUUUCAAAGCUUGCGAAACAGGGUGUAGAGAAGAGACAGCUUGAGGCUGCCAAGUCUCCUUCAAAAGUUGCCUCGUUGGCAACCUCGACUUCCGACAUGCUCGUCUCUAUGACUGCCACACUCCAGGACUCUCACAAGAUAGCCACGGAGCAGCUCAAGCUCCAAACACGUCAGGUGACCUCCAUGGAACAACGUCAGGAGCGCAGACUGGUGAUGGAGGAGCAUCAGUUCCAGGACCGGCGCGACGACCGUGCGGAGGCUAGAGACAAGGCUAAGCGCGAGGCCGAGGAGAAAGCGCAGCAAACACUUGAGGAGAAGAUGAAGGAGAAGGUUAACAUGGCUAACGCACUCCUUGCUAACCCCUCCAUCGAUCCCGAACUCCGCAAGGUGGCUUCAAAGGUCGUGGCCGAUUGGUUGACGAAGCCGAUGGAAUAG